CUUUCCCUCUUUACUUCUCUUCUUGUUCAGUUUCAACUUUCUUCACCAAAAUGGCGAUGAAGAAAUAUCUAAUUCUCUCGAUUCUUCUACUCAAUCUCAUUUUCCUCAAAACGGCGUCGUCUUUAGACAGCGAAAAAAUUGAAGAAGAAGAAGAUCUCAGUUUCCUCGAAGAAGAGGAUUCUGCUGCUGAUGCUCAUUCAGAUUCCAAUCCGUACGGCGACCGCCACGAUUUUGAGAACUACGACGAUCUUGAGGAUGAUUCUGAUGCUUCGGAUCAAGGAUACGACGCGUACGAGCCGCCGGCAGUGGAUGAGAAGGAUGUUGCAGUACUGAAGGAAGGGAAUUUCAGUGAGUUUAUUGCGAGGAAUAAACAUGUUAUGGUUGAGUUCUACGCGCCGUGGUGUGGUCACUGCCAGGCACUCGCGCCGGAGUAUGCUGCGGCCGCGACGGAGCUGAAAGGAGAGAAUGUGAUGCUUGCUAAAGUGGAUGCCACUGAGGAAGCUGAGCUGGCUCAGAAGUAUGAUGUUCAAGGCUAUCCCGCUGUUUUCUUCUUCACUGAUGGCCUUCACAAGCCUUACAAUGGUGAAAGAAACAAGGAUGCUAUUGUUUCAUGGAUAAAAAAGAAGACUGGACCUGCUCUAUCAAAUAUAACGACGGCAGAGGAGGCAGAACGUAUCUUGAAAGAUGAGAAAAAAGUAGUGUUGGCUUAUUUGAAUGAUUUAGUGGGUGAUAAAAGUGAAGAGCUUGCUGCAGCUGCUGCACUAGAAGAUGAUGUCAACUUCUAUCAGACUACCAGUCCAGAUGUGGCAAAGCUCUUCCACAUUGAUUCUCAAGCCAAACGUCCAGCUCUUGUCAUACUUAAGAAGGAAGCCGAAAAUAUCAACCACUUCGGCGGUGAGUUCACAAAGUCAGCAAUAGCUGAGUUUGUUUUUCAGAAUAAACUUCCUCUUGUCACCUAUUUUACUCGGGAAAGUGCCUCAGAGAUAUUCGAAAAUCCCAUUAAGAAGCAGUUGAUACUUUUUGCCACUUCCAAAGAUUCAGACAAGUUUCUGCCAAUAUUUCAAGAGGCUGUGAAAGCUUUUAAAGGAAAGCUUAUCUCUGUGUAUGUUGAAAUCGACAAUGAAGAUGUUGGAAAACCCGUUUCAGAGUACUUUGGUGUUAGCGGUGAUGCCCCAAGAGUUCUUGCAUAUACAGGAAAUGAGGAUGGGAGGAAGUUUGUACUGGAAGGUGAAAUAACCUUGGACAGUGUCAGGUCAUUCGGGGAGAAGUUUUUGGAAGACAACCUAAAGCCCUUUUAUAAAUCUGACCCAAUCCCUGAGACCAAUGACGGGGAUGUCAAAGUUGUGGUUGGCAAUAACUUUGACGAAAUUGUUCUGGAUGAGUCAAAAGAUGUUCUUCUUGAGAUAUAUGCUCCUUGGUGUGGGCAUUGUCAAUCACUAGAACCCAUAUACAACAAGCUUGGCAAGCAUUUAAGAGGCAUCGACUCCCUUGUUAUUGCCAAGAUGGAUGGUACCACAAAUGAGCACCCCCGAGCCAAGUCUGAUGGAUUCCCAACACUUCUGUUUUUCCCAGCUGGCAACAAGAGCUUUGAUCCAAUUACUGUUGACACAGACCGUACAGUGGUGGCCUUCUACAAAUUCCUGAAAAAGAACGCAUCUAUCCCCUUCAAGAUUCAAAAGCCGGCCUCAACACAGAAACCUACAGAGUCUGACGCCAGUUCAAGCCCAGAGAGCACCAUUGAUGAUGUUAAGGAUGAACUGUGAAAUUCUGUAGCUAGGUUCUAGCAUAUUGGUCAAAGCUUGACUUUAGAAAGGAACUCCAAGCAUGCCUUACUUAGCGCGCUUUAAAGGGUGGGAGUGGAACGUGAGAAAGUGAUAGCAACAUUUGCAUUGAAAGAUGUAGGUAGGAAUAGAAAGUAGAAUGAGACGCCCGGGCUCUUUUUUUGUUUUUGUUUUUUUGUUUUUUUGUUUAAUGGUUUCAUAUUCUUGUUUUUUUUUUU